AUAUGUCGAAACAAAAUGCAACUCAUUUGGAUGCUUUCUUAUUUUAAUGGAUUGGAUUUUGGAACUGAAAACUAUGUUUUCCUCUUUAUAAUCGAAAAAAGAACAUAAAGUAGUCAAACACUAUAAAUAAACCAUAUUUUAAAAAUGUUGUGGGUUAUCACGUUUAACAUGAUGUUUCAAAAAUGGAAUUUGAAUUUAGAUUUUAAUUCCAAAAGAACUUGAAUAUAUGAGGAAAUUACUUCCUCAGUUAUGCAAAAACACCAGAACAAUGAAAAAGCAAAUAUCUUUGAAUAUUUAUCUAAAUUAACAUUGUAAUUAUUUAUUUGUUCGUUUGGAAUGAAAGUAAAAUUCAAAGCUGUUUGUGAAUAUUUUACCCGUGUUCACCCCACACCAAAUACAAGCGAUAAUUGCAACAACAGGAAACUAUACAUACUUUUUCUUGACCAACAACAAGAUAUUUGACAAAGAAGGCGCUUUCUUAUGGAACUUUCUAUGUACAGCUGUUGGCGCCCUCUUUGGUAUGUUUUAAGAACUAAGAAAGUUUCCUAUCAUUGGAUAAUUGUGAGUUUGUUUGAAAAGUUCAUGGAAUUUAUUCAAAUAAUGUUUUUUUUUAUUCAUAUGAUUCAUUAAGCAAGCAAAACAUAAAAUAACUGUGUCGCGUGCGUUCAAACGAAUUUUUUAUUUUAGAUUUCCAAAAAUAUAUACAAUGACUCCAUCGUCAACAAAAAAUAACGAUAACUGCUCGUGUCCACGGCUUUUUUGUUCAUAUACAAAUAACAUGAAAUAGUUCGAAAUUGAAUGAAUAAUCACUCAAUUUACUCAAUAUUAUGCUGAUCAAAACUUUUUUUCUUAGAUAAUUGAAUGAGCAAUAUUUAGCAUUUUCCAGGAAAUGAUAAUUUUUUAGCACUGUUCAUUACAGAGAAAUGUUAGUUCCUUAGCAUUGCAGGUUACUAUUUUCAAUCGAAAUUAUUUCAAUUUUUUAACAUUUACAUUCUCCAAGUAAAUAUUUGUUGAUGUGUCUACUUAUUACUUGCAUAUUCCUAAGAAAAUGCAUCGAAAAUUGUAAUACUUAUUUCGCAAAUCGAAAUGGUUAUGGCACAAUCGCAUGCUUUGUUUUGGUCAUAAAAACCAUUUUAAGUAUUAGUUUGUUCGUGUGUGCAUGAUCCGGCCCUUUGUCUGAACACAAGCGAUUAUCAGACACGUCUGAUAAGCAGAAAAAAAAAUUCAUUGAAUAGUUCAGCACCGAUUAAAAUGGCAAACAACAAAGCGAUCAGUAGCAUAUUGUCGUUUUCAACGGACUCAAGUCAAGACUCGACAGCUGGUGUGGUGUUGUUCUGCGGUGAUAAGUUUUUUGGUUAUUCAAGUAAAAGUUUUGUUUGCAAAUCGCUCAUUAUAAAUUGAUACGUCGUGUGUUUCUGCUGUUCCCAAUUUAUAUAGUUUGAAGUGAAUUUCAUCUUUUAUUUGAAGUUGGUGAUAUUUAGUUUAUUUUCGAAAAAAAAGCGGAAAUCAUGAAGCUCAUCGAACCAAGCAACAAUUUUCAUGUCAUCGACGAACCACUCGAUGCUAUAGAUGUGAUUCGCCAACGAUCCGUCUCCGGUAAUGUGGACGAAGAACCAUUGUAUUUGUGCGAUAUUUCUGAUAUCAUCAACAAACAUGCAAUUUGGAAACGUAGCAUGCCACGAGUCCUCCCAUUUUAUGCUGUUAAAUGCAAUGAUAGCCCUAUCGUGCUUCAGACUUUGGCCACACUGGGAACCGGUUUCGACUGCGCAUCCAAGGGAGAAAUUGCAAUGGUUAUGAACUAUGGUGUUGCUCCCCAGUCGAUUAUCUAUGCCAAUCCAACCAAACCAAUUUCGCAUCUCAAAUUUGCAGCUGAAAUGAAUGUCAGCGUUAUGACCGUUGACAGUGAGUUUGAACUGCUCAAAAUAAAAAAACACUAUCCCGAUGCAAAGUUGAUUCUACGCAUUCGUUGUGAUGCAAAAGUUUCGCAAUGUCCGCUUGGGGAAAAAUACGGAUGCAAUCCAGACACCGAAGCACCUGAACUCAUUGACUUAGCCAUGUCAUUGGGAUUGAAGGUGAUUGGAAUCAGUUUUCAUGUUGGAUCGGGUUGCAUGGAUCCACCUGUUUAUGCGAAGGCAAUUCAAGCGGCGCGUAAAUUGUUUGAUUUUGCUGCGAGUGUUGGUUACCACUUCACAUUGUUGGAUAUCGGCGGUGGUUUUCCAGGCGAUAAAGACACUGACAUCAAUGAGAUCGCGUCAAUUGUGAAUCGCAGUAUCGACUUGCAUUUCCCAUCGUCAGAUGAUGUAACAAUCAUUGCUGAGCCAGGUCGAUUCUAUGUAUCAUCAGCAUAUACACUUGCUUGUCGGGUCCAUUCAAAACGUGAAAUCCACCAAAACGGCAAAUUCAAAUCCGUUUACUACUACAUCAACGAUGGAGUAUAUGGAUCAUUCAAUUGUAAUUUGUACGAUCACAAAAUUGUGUAUCCCAUCACAUUGAAAGCGACCGACGAAGAGCUAUUCAAAAGUACAAUUUGGGGUCCAACUUGUGAUGCUCUAGAUCAGGUCUGUGAAAAUGUUUCAUUGCCUCAAUUAAACAUCGACGAUUUCAUCAUAUUCGAAAAUAUGGGCGCGUAUACAAUUCCAAUUGCAAGUCCCUUCAACGGUUUUCCGCUGCCAAAAGUCGAAUACUACGUCCAACGCAAGCAUUUGGAAGACAUUAAUGCCACUACUGCUAGUCACGAGUACAUCCUAUUGCGCGGCAACUAAUGAACGAAAAAGAUACCAUCGAACAUCGACACUAAUAAACUUUUUUCUCUUGAGGUGUGGUAAGAGGGAAAAAGGGAACAUAGACAAACAAUUGAGAAAAGCAAGAAAAAUAAUAACAACGCACUUUACUUUUGAGGCACUUGUAAUCAUUUCAUAUAAUUUCAUCACAUUUUGGCAACCGUAUUGCCCCAGUUCAUCAUACAGACAAAAUAUACCUAACUAAAAACAACAUGUUUGAUGGCAAUGGAAAAUCCACUUAUGCAUGGAAUUUGGGCCAGAUGGGACGAAAAAUCAAAAUUAUCAUCAUUGAUUUUGGUGCGGUUACAUUUCGCCCACAUUGCCCCAUCCCCGAUAUAAAUUCCUAUUUAUUAUUGAAAUCGUAAUUAAUGUAACGUAUAAAAAGAAAACUAAAUUGCCUGUAUUUUAAUUGAUCGGAUGAAGAAAAAAUGGUUUUUUUUUGCAUAUAACUGAUGAUUAAAAUCCGAACGAAAGGAA